AUGACCCUUCCACCGCCUUGCCAUGGAAUUCAAUACAGCAUCCGGUCGUACACCGUAGGAUGGUUUGCGCCGCUCCCCUGUGAGCGCGCUGCUGCCGAAGCCCUCCGCGACGAGGUCCACGGCCCUCCCAAAGACUUCCAUCAAGCUCCGGACGACCACCUCGUUUACUCGUGGGGAAAGAUAGGCGACCACAACGUCGUCCUUGCCUCGCUAGAGGCGGGAACAGACGGACUAGCAGCCGCUGCGCAGGCCGCGACGCGCAUGCUGGCGUCCUUCUCCGGCAUCCGCUUCGGCCUCCUGGUCGGGAUCGGUGGCGCGAUCCCGCGUUUCGAUAAGCGCGAGGGGGGCGGCGUUUUCUGCCAGCAACUACUGAGACCUGAUGAUCCCGACGUCCGGCUCGGCGACGUCGUGGUCAGCCAGCCGGACGGGAACAGCGGGGGCGUCAUCCAGUAUGACCACUACAAAGCCACCAAGGACGGGCCGCAAGUGAAAGGUUCCCUGAACCGCCCGCCGCCUGCACUCCUGUAUGGACUGGCAGCCCUACAGGCCAAGCAUGAACAAAGCCCGUCUGACGUGCCGAACAUCAUAGCCGACCUGGAAAAGACGAACGACUACAUGGUCAACGAGCGCGGGUAUAAGCAUCCCGGCCAGAAAAAAGACCGCCUCUUCUAUCCCUCCUGUGCUCAUCCGAAAGGAGACCUGGACUGCGAGGACUGCUCUGCGCAACAUGAGGUCCAGCGAAAGCCGCGGAAGAGUUCUGAUCCCGAGGUCCACUACGGAACGAUUGCAUCCGGUAAUGUCGUGGUCAAGGAUGCAGAAGACAGGGAAAACCUAAUCAAGCACCAUCCUUCCGCCUCGAAGUGCCUUUGCUACGAGAUGGAGGCGGCUGGCGUCAUGAACAACUUCCCCUGCUUGGUCAUCAGAGGCAUUUGUGACUAUUCGGACUCUCAUAAGAAUGACGUUUGGCACAACUACGCUGCUCUCGUUGCGGCUGCAUUCGCGAAGGAGUUGCUUCGCAAUAUGGCUCGUGAUGCGGUGGAGAAGGCGGUGAUAGCUAAGGAUUGGAUGAAAGAUAGAGUGAAUAUUAUCGCAUACCAUACGAUGAAGAACGAAAUCGAGCGCACUCUCAAAACGACCAAUACCUACUCGAAAGGCGCAGAGAUCCAGAGUACCCUUCAAAGCGUCAACCUUGAUAUAAAAGAAGCUGGACAAUGGUUCCUCGACAGCAGCGAGUUUCAGCAAUGGGGUAACAGUCUCGGCUCGCUCCUUUGGGUGUAUGGGAUGCCGGGAAGCGGCAAAACGGUCCUCAGCGCAAGCGUGAUCAACUACCUGCAAAGCAAUCUGGCGGCGAAAAAUGCGUCGAAGGUGGUUUUACACUACUAUUUCGACAUUCAGGAAUCGAAGAAGGGUGAGAACAUGCGACCAUUGGGCUGCAUGUUGCGCAGCUUUCUGAUUCAGCUGUCGAAAACGCACGACUACAUGUUAGAGGACUUGUACAAGCGCCUUAGAGCCUUCCAGGGCGAACUAUGUGAGAGCGAGUUGGGGGAACUACUCUUUCAGAUGACAAGACUGCACUGUGACAUUAAGAUUGUGAUUGACGCACUAGAUGAAAUGGAAGACAGGCAGAGAGAGACAGUAUGCGGCUGGAUCACGAAAACGUUAAAGCUGCAUCCUACUCGGUUUAGCUUUCUUGUCACCAGCCGCAGGGAAAGAGACAUUGAGGAACAGCUUUACCGAAAGUGCGAGUCUCUCAAAUUUGUCGAAAUGAGCGCGGGUUUCGACAUCGAGAAGUAUGUGUUGGCGCGUAUCACAGGAUACCAGCUCAACAAAGGCCAGAGGUGGUCCGAAGAGUCGUUGCGCAAGAUUCAAGAUGUUCUGCUCAGACGGGCGAACGGCAUGUUCCAGUGGGUCGUGUGCCAACUCGAUCAGCUCUUGGAUCACCCGCAAACCGAGUCAUUUGGAGAUGAUGAGAUUGACGAGGUGUUGAGAACACUCCCAAAGGACCUCACCGACACAUACGAUCGGAUACUAGACCGCAUACCAAAACCGAGGAAGAACGCCGCUUAUAGGCUUUUACAGAUUCUGCUAUUCUGCAAACGGCCAAUCUGUGUCCUAGAAGCGAACGAGUUUUUAUCCGUGCAGUGCUCGGGAUUCAAUGUCUCCAAGAGGAUCAAAUAUCCUUGCGAAGUCACACGGUACUGCUCAAGCCUUAUCACUCUGCGCGGACCGCAUUCCGAAAAUAGAGUUACUAAGUGGACCGAGAUUGUCCUCGCACAUUCGAGCGUCAGGGAUUAUCUUUUAUUCAACCGCACGCUGUGGAAGGGGCAAGUCGACAUUUUUGGACAGCUUGAGGCUAACAAGGCCAUUUUCAAGACCUGUCUGCAGUACAUUCACUUCCUGUCCAUGCCGGACGCUGAUCCAUACGGCCAGGACUUGGGCAACAGAUUUCCGCUAGCUAACUACGCCACGCGCUAUCUCUUCGAACAUGCGAGUGCAGCUGGUACGGAAGAAGAGACUGUUAAUGCAGUCAUAGCUUUUUACCGGAGUGGAGAUGCAUUCCGCACCUGGUUGUGUCACGAAUCCACUGAAACGGCACGGGAGUUUUAUCUGAAAGGAGUAAACUGGCACGCUUCGAUGGAGAUUGUCAAGCAAUCUGCCCUGUACACUGCUGCACGCUAUGGGUUGAAAUAUUACCUGCAGAUUUGCCUUGAGCGCGAAUCAUACCGUGUCUGUGAGGCAAAGACCUUCAAUCCUCCUUUGGGAUUCUGGACUACCUUCCUUGGGAUUCACCAAUCUAUCAGUCCUUUGUACGCCGCUGCUGAGGUUGGCCGUGAGGAUGUUGUGAGGAUGCUUAUUGAAGCCGGUUUCGCUGUUGAUGAGGUUGGUGGCCCCCAAGGGACGGCGCUCGACGUUGGCUGCGCGAAUGGCUGCGUGGGCGUCGUCGAAGCGCUAGUAGAAAAGGCGAAACAGCGCUCCACUAGCACCAUGUGGUUCGAGGGAGCAUUGCGGCAGGUGGUUCGGACAGGCUCGUCGCAGCUAGUCCAGGCCUUCCUUGACCACGGCUUCCUCACGCACAGCGCACAGCCAUCCAUCGAGUCUGCAAUCUUCGACGCAGCCCUCUGGGGCAACACCUCCGUCGCGCAAGUGCUGUUGCGCCGCUGCCGUGGCCUCCGCAAUCUCGCUGAUCUAUCACUACCGCUUUCGCCGACCAAUACGCCAUCAUUUUUGGGCCGGUUGUCUGCUUGGAUGCCGGACAUCUUCCCUUGUCAGUCCGGCGGAAGCUCACAUGAACAUAUUGCCACACAAUCCCUCAAAUCUUCCGGCGAAGCACUGGAUGCAGCGUCCUUAUAUGACCGCCUGUUGAAACCGCCGGCCGGACCUGUCCACCGGGCGCACCUGUUCAGCACGGCGUUGCAGGCCGCCGCAUUCGAGGGCCAUGAGGAGAUUGUCGAAGUUCUUCUGAAAGAGGGUCGGGACCCCAACAUGACGGGCGGGUAUUUCGGCACUGCGCUCCAGGCCGCUGCUGCAGGAGGCUUCCCCUGGGUCGUGCAGAGGUUAAUCGAUGCCGGAGCAGAUCCGAACAUCACGGGCGGCUUCUUCAAGACGGCCCUCAACGCGUCUCUAAUGAUGGAGUCGUGGACUGUAAUGUGCUGGCGUAUGAACUGGCGUAUGGACGCGCGUGUGGACAGGCUCAAUAGAGUCUGGUCCGACUUCGAGACUGUGGUGAUAUUGCUGGAGGCUGGCGCGCUGCCGCUUCGAGGAGGAGAAGAGAUGUUGUGCGCCCUGAAGCUCGAGAGCCAGGAGGUCGCGCUCAACAUUAUUGAGAACGCGGCAUCCGGCGCCGGGCAGGCCGAAGGUGGCUUUCACACCGUAGCUACCCUCUUGUGUGGGAAAGAUGUAGCCGACAGAGCGCCGCUUCAUGAAGCCAUCUCCCGAGGUUUCUCGAGAGUGGUGGAAAGCAUGAUACGCAACGGCGCUGCGAUUGAUGUCCUCGACAGCUGCGGCCGGACACCGCUACACAAUUCUAUGCGGCAGAAUGACCAGGAUAUUGCACUCAUGGUCAUCCAAACUGUCGCACAGACGCCGGACGCUGUAGGUCUGCUCAAAGCAAGAGAUAGCAGCGGCAUGACCGCCGUUCACUACGCCGCGCAACUACCAGUGUCGCCUGAAGCCAUGAAAUACCUUCUCGGUGCGGCAGAGCAAGUGGGAAUCCUCAUCGAAUACUUAGACGCUCGCAGCGGUAGCGGACAAACGGCUCUACACUAUGCUAUACAGCAGAACUAUGACAUCGCGUCUGUGAUUAUCCGAGCCGCCACACGACUGCCAGAUCUAGUAAGCCUACUAAAAGCAAAAGACAGCAGCGGUAUGACCGCCGUGCAUUACGCCGCGCAGAAACCAGUGUCGUCCGGAACAAUGAAGCAUCUGCUCCGGGUAGCAAAGCAAGCGGGGAUCCUUACCGAAUGCUUGAACGCUCGAAGCAACGACGGACGAACGGCCCUACAUUACGCGCCUCACUUUAUUUCCGACAAAACCUCGAGCGUGGCGGAGCUAUUGAUCGAUGCGGCGUCCAGCGCGGGCAUCCUCGUGGACUAUGUCAAUGCCCAAGACGACAAGGGCGAAACCGCUCUGCACCGCGCAGCGCGCUGUCACGACGUCCGCGGCGUUGCGCUCCUACUACGAGCUGGCGCUGACGAGGGGGCUGUGAAUCUGGACAAGCAGAGCUUUGUCGACUGCGCCAGAGAUGGAGGCCGAAUCGGGCGCCUCUUUGAUGUAUGUCCGGAGGCCACCUUCUGCUCAUCAACAGAAGAGGCGCGAGCCAUAGCAUCUGCAACGCUGCUCCACCAGUUCGUCGAGCUCAAUGAUGUCGCUGCCGUGAAGGAGAUAGCAGGGAAAGCAACAUUUCAUUGCUCGUUCCUUGAUAUCCCGGAUGCCGACCACAGUAUGACACUCCUGCAUCACGCUGCCGAGAAAAGCUAUACUCCCAUGGGGGAACUGUUAUUAGAUCUCGGGGCCCAGCCGGAAAGGGUCGACAAAGAGAAGAUGACGCCGCUGCAUCGUGCUGCGAAGAGCGGCUGCCUCGAGAUGGUCACUGCUAUCCUUCAGAGAAUAGGGAAUGAAGACAAGGAAAAUCGUCCCUUGUUUUCUGUAGCCGACUUCCGCGAGGACGAUUUCAACGGCUUUUUAACCGGCAAACCUUCAGAUCGCCAGGAUACGUCGGGGAGCACGCCGCUUCACUACGCCGUUCAAAACGAGAGCGUCGAAAUGGUCAAAAGCCUUGUGCAUUGCGGUGCUACGAUGCACAGGAGGAACAAAGAGGGAAAUACGCCGCUUGAUCUCGCCCAGGAAAAGAGAGAGGCUUUCUAUGUGGCCAAGAUACAUAUGCCGCGCGAUAUAGCGGCUGUAAACUUGAUAGCGAGAUUUUUAGAGGAGGAAGACGAGAAGUAUGAUGGUGACUAUUGA